GAGAAGAGGGAGGAAGGGGUGGGACUGGGGGCGGGGGGAAGACCACGGUGCGGGCUGCGGCAGAGGCGCAGCCGGGAGCCCUUCAUUCGAAUAUGGCCCUGGCCUUGGGGGGCCGAGUCUGGAGCGCUAUGGGAGGCGGGCCCGGGUAACCAGCAGAGCGGCUGCUGGCGGCUGGAGAUGAGGGGGCUGAGGGUACGGGGCCACGCGCUGGUUGCCACCGUGGUAACAAGGCCACUCUGGGUGAACGAGCAGCAAUCGGCCAAGGCCUCGAAGGCCAAACCGCUGCUGCGAAGACGGGUCCAGAGGACCAGGACCAGCUCCCCGCCUUACGGCCCACGCCGGAUCCCGCCCCACUGCCUCCGGCGCCGGCCCUCCUUGCAAGUGAAGGGCGACCAUCUGUUGCCCAAGAAGAAGGGCCGGCUUAGGUCAAAGGCACGGAAGUCUGUAGCGAUCAGCUCUGGGACUCAGUCUCCAGCUAGACACUCCGCUUCUCAGAAUCAGGCCCCCAAGGUGCGGAAAUGCGUGGAGUUGCAGCGUGUGAAGGUGUGGUACAGCUGGGAGCCCCUGGUAGUGCGGGGCAUUGGUCUGCUCAAGACCCGUGGAGAAUCCUCGGGCCGACAAGCUGGUCCACCGCCCCCACCGCCCUCGCCCGUGCCUCCUGAAGAACCCUCUGCGGCCCCCGCAGGACAGGAGCCCGACACGGGGGGCAAACAGCCACCAGAAGUCGAGGAACCAACAACACAGGAAGCAGGGGCUAACCGGACAAAAGGGAAGCGGCCUUCGGAGGGAAGGGCUGCUCGGACAAAAGGGAAGCGGCUUUCAGAGAAAGAAGCUGCUGGGGCAGAAGAGAAGCAGCCUCUGGAGACUGAGGCUGCUGGGGCAGAAGAGAAGCAGCCUCUGGAGAUUGAGGCUGCUGGGGCAGAAGAGAAGCAGCCUCUGGAGACUGAGGCUUCCCAGGCUGAAGAGGAGCAGCCUCUGGAGACUGAGGCUUUCCUGACUGAAGAGGAGCAGCCUCUGGAGACUGAGGCUUUCCUGACUGAAGAGGAGCAGCCUCUGGAGACUGAGGCUUUCCUGACUGAAGAGGAGCAGCCUCUGGAGACUGAGGCUUCCCAGACUGAAGAGGAGCAGCCUCUGGAGACUGAGGCUUCCCAGGCUGAAGAGGAGCAGCCUCUGGAGACUGAGACUUCCCAGGCUAAAGAGGAGCAGCCUCUGGAGACUGAGGCUUCCCAGACUGAAGAGGAACAGCCCCUGGAGACUGAGGUUUCCCAGGCUGAAGAGCAGCUUUCAGAGACUGGGCCUGAAGAAAAGCAGCUUUUGGAGGUUGGGGCAGAAGAAAGGAGGCCUUCGGAGGCAGGAGUGGAAGAAAAGCGACCUUCGGUGGCCAGGGUAGAAGAAAAGAGGCCUUCAUCGGCCUCGGCUGAAGAAAAGCGGCCUUCGGUGUCCAGGGUGGGAGAAAAGCGACUUUCUGUGGCCUCCACUAAAGAAAAGCGGCUCUCAGUGGCCUCCACUAAAGAAAAGCGGCUCUCAGUGGCCUCCACUAAAGAAAAGCGGCUCUCAGUGGCCUCCACUAAAGAAAAGCGGCUCUCAGUGGCCAGGGCAGAAGAAAAGCGGCCUUCGGUGGCAUCAGCUGAAGAAAAACGGCCUUCGGUGGCCUUGACUGAAGAAAAGCGGCCUUCGGUGACCUCGGCUGAAGAAAAGCGGCCUUCGGUGGCCUCAGUUGCAGAAAAGCGGCCUUCGGUGGCCUCGGCUGAAGAAAAGCGGCCUUCGGUGGCCUCGGUUGCAGAAAAGCGGCCUUCGGUGGCCUCGGUUGCAGAAAAGCGGCCUUCGGUGGCCUCGGCUGAGGAAAAGCGGCCUUCGGUGGCCUCGGUUGCAGAAAAGCGGCCUUCGGUGACCUCGGCUGAAGAAAAGCGGCCUUCGGUGGCCUCGGUUGCAGAAAAGCGGCCUUCGGUGGCCUCGGCUGAGGAAAAGCGGCCUUCGGUGGCCUCGGUUGCAGAAAAGCGGCCUUCGGUGGCCUCGGCUGAGGAAAAGCGGCCUUCGGUGGCCUCGGUUGCAGAAAAGCGGCCUUCGGUGGCCUCGGCUGAGGAAAAGCGGCCUUCGGUGGCCUCGGCUGAAGAAAAGCGGCCUUCGGUGGCCUCGGCUGCAGAAAAGCGGCCUUCGGUGGCCUCGGCUGAAGAAAAGCAGCCUUUGGAGGCUGGGAUAGAAGGCGAGCAGUCUCAGGACCAAGGCCAGGGCCUAUUGCCCCCAAGUUCCAAGGCCUCCAGUCAGAAGGAAGAAGACAUUGAGGCUCCAAGGGAGAAUGAGAUGACCAGGGAAGUGGCUGAGGAAAGAGGAUCAGAACCAGGUGAAUCAUUUUCCGCUGAGGAAGGUAACCCCUUGCAAAGGCCACAAUCCCUGGACAAAGGCUCUGUGGACCCCACAGCCACCACCUCUGACCAUAGGGAGGAAGUGAGCCAGAAACUGUUAGAGGAAGAAAGCCCACAUGACCAGAUAGAAGAGAAGCAGCCUGAUCAAGGGUCCAAUGAAGAGAAAGAAGCCCCCGCAGGGUGAGGAUGUGGGAGGACAGAUGAAGAAGGAGCCUGAUGGAGGAUAGAAGAGAAAAGAAAGAGAAGAGAGAGUCAGCAAAUGAAGCAGUCAGUGGGAUGAAGGAAAGCACUGGCCCAUUAGGGGUGAGAGGAACCUAGGGGGAAGAGAUGGACUUGUUUGGGGCUUUGCAAGGGGGAAAGAUUUAAGUCUGGGGGUCUGGGGCUCAUUCCCAGAGAGGAUACAAAAAAGAUGAGACAGCAGUUCUGAUCCAUAGUGGGGCUACACCAAGACAGAAGGGAGAAGAUGCCCUCUGCCAGGACUUGCCAGGGGAAGGAAGAAUGAGGGCCGGGAGUAGGGCUGGAGAAGGCAACUAAAUCCUUGAUGAGAAUUAUAGACAAGCAGAGAAUGGAGAAUGAAAAGCCUUGACAAAGAUGCCAGUCCAAUAUGCCCAGAGUGGAUGGGAAUCUAAGCAUGCUUUAGUGAGAAAGACUUGAAGACAUGAACAGUGAAGAUUAGGAAGAAGGAGGAAAAAGAUCGCUCCCUCGCCGGGUCAUUGGACCCAGGAUGUUGACCACGUAGCCAAGCCUCAGCCUUCGGCCUCUUCACCACUGUCACAGCAAGAAAGGCCACCCAAGGGCCAAGGAGCCUCCAGCCACCUUUCCAAGCCGAGUUUCCUGGGGCUUGAAGACCAGAUCGAGGAUCCCCACCAGCCGGCGUGCUUCCUGCUCACUUCCCAAAUUUAAGAAAAAAAAGAAAAAGGAGGCGAGUGAGAGACAGUUUCACUUCCGCAGAGAAGAGUGAUGGGAGGAGGUCCAGGGUGCCGAAGGAGACCAGACCAUGGAUUCUCUGUGACCGAGACACAAGCAUUUGCCUUGCCUGCCCCUGGCCAGAGCCAGAAGCAAUCUCCUGGUGUGGUCUGCCCCCCCUCCCGGCGCGCGGCCGCAUCUCCAGCCUGCCCGGAGUCUCCCCGAGGAAGGCGUCCAGCUGCCUGCCCGGCUCCGUCCCUUGGCCGUCCCGGCGCCCAGACGCCGCCCGCCGCGGAGGCUGCGAAGGGCCGCUGGCCCGGAGACGCGGGGUGGAAGCCGCCUCCCCUUCCCACAGUCCGAGCCUCCGUGGAUCAGAUCCCAGCCGCGGCGGCAGGAAGCGGAGCGCUCCGCGGGGCCGGGGGCAGCCGGGAAAACCAGUGAGCCGGCAAGAGCGGGCCGGGAGGGCGGGCUCGUCGGAAGGGCUGGGGGCGCCCGGGUGGGACGGAGGCAGGCGCGGAGGCCCCCCGCACCCCUUCGGCUGGCCCCCGCGGCCAGAAGGCCCGGCCGGCUGACAGCGGGGCCCGGAGCCCAUUUCACCUGUGCCGAGCCGGGGGCGGCCCCAGCCAUCCCGGCCGACCAAGGGUCAGAGUCAGCGGCGGCUUAAUUACAACCUCCGCCCUUCCAGGAGGAAGGAGCCCGUCCUGCCCCCGCCCCGUGCCCGGCCAGCCUCGGAGCUCGGCGUGCAGGGCGCCGGGCGCGGGGGGCCGGGGGUGUGGACGGACGCGGCGGCCCCGGUCCCUCCCGUCGGGGCAGCUUCCCCCAAUAAAGCAGCACCGCUCGCCCCCA